AAUGCAAACCGGAAGUGUUUAUCAUGUAGUCGGAAGUGUUCCCUGCGUUUCCCCGGCGAAAUGUUAUUAGCCAGAAAAAUAUCACUUAAAAAAAAAAAUAGCGCUCAUUUCCAUCCUAUUCGUGUGUCGUUCGCUCCACCGGAGGACUCGAGCAGCUCGCCGUGUCAUCGGUCUUCUUCCCGGUGUUGUUAAAUAAGCUCCACUGGCGACAUUGAGUUAGCCCGGUAGCUUGUGUUAGCUUGUUUUAGCUCGCGCAGACCGGUUUGAUGUAAACAACAAAACGUGACGACGAGGAUCAUCAAUGGCAGCUCGGCGACCCUUCACGGACACGGAUACCGCCGAUGAAGCAGUGAGGGCGACCUGUGACGAUGCAACCAUAUGCAAAAGGUAUGCUACCAGUAAAGGCUACUGGAAGGACCCCUAUAUCCAAUAUUUCGUGAGAUCUGUCGGGGAGCGGAAGGCACCUGAAAUCAACAGAGGUUACUAUGCCCGUGUUCAAGGAGUUGACCAUCUCCUUGAUGCGUUUAUAAAGAAAGCAGAGUGUGACUGUCAAGUAAUCAACCUGGGGGCUGGACUGGACACCACGUUUUGGAGACUUAAGGAUAAAAACCUCAUGCCACGGAAGUUCUUUGAAGUUGACUUUCCAACAGUUGUGGCCAGGAAAAUACACAAUAUCAAGACAAAACCGCCCCUGUCCAAACCCCUCAUCGAAACCCACUCAACAGAUUCCUUACUGCUAGAUGCCCACAGCCUCGACUCGGACCGUUACUGUAUCAUCGGGGCUGACCUCCGAGACAUCUCUAGUUUGGAUGAAAAACUGAAGAAGUUCCAGCUUAAUCCAGAAUUACCUACAUUGCUCCUGUCCGAGUGUGUGCUGGUCUACAUGACGCCCUCCCAGUCCUCCAAUGUAGUUCACUGGGCUGCGGAAACCUUCCACACCGCCAUGUUCAUCAACUACGAACAGGUGAACAUGAGCGAUCGGUUUGGCCAGGUGAUGAUCGAGAACCUGCAGCGUCGCCAGUGCACCCUGGCAGGAGUGGAGGCCUGUCAGUCUCUGGACUCUCAGAAGGAGCGGUUUCUGAAGACGGGCUGGCAGCAUGCUGAUGCUCUGGACAUGAUAACAGUCUACAGUAUGCUGCCCCAGGAGGACAUGGCAAGAAUUGAGAGUCUGGAGUUCCUGGAUGAGCGGGAGCUGCUGCAACAACUGCUUCAGCACUACAGUAUCUGCUGGGCCACCAAGGACCGACUCAAUCUGGGUCUGUCACAGUUGGCGUUCUGAGAGUGAAACUGUUGGACCUGCUUCACACGUGCCUGUGCCAAAAUCAGCAACAGGAGAAGAAGAUGUGCGAAGGGAGACAUUUGGAAAGAGGGAGCCCGUAUUCUCCACCAAGCCCCAUUUCAAGGAGCCGUUCUGGUGCAGAAAGUGAUUUGAUGAGGGACCUGUGUUGCCCAAUACAUGUCAAAAAUAAGAGGUGAUCACAAUAAGUACUUUGGAGAGGUUUGUCCCACACACUGGCGCUGAGUUACCAGCUGUAAAAUGUCUGUUUGUCUUUAUUCAUUUGCUUACAGACAUUGUUGUCUAUGUGCUCAGACAAAAAAUAGUAUUUCAAAAUAUUUGAUAAUUGAUGGAAGCAUGACGUUUUUCAGAUGUCCUUUUACUUGUUUUAGUGUGCCAUUUUGGUUUAAUUUAUGAAUCGAUUGUACUUCCAGACUCGUUUUCUUACAAAACAUACAUACAUGCAUGUUGUGGAACUAGUUUGAAGCUGCAAUAAAUGCAUUAUAAUGCAA